AGUUCGAAUCACAAGAGAAAGUCAAAGCAGAAACGGCUGCAAUUCUGUAUUAAUUUUAUUACGAGUCCUCACUUGUUUCUAUUAACUAAAGUUGAUUUAAAAUGAAGCACACAGAUGGCGCCAUCUUGAUUGUGGUUCUACUGGGUAUCUUUUGCAUCUCCUUCACCACUUCCCAGGGGCAAGGAGCAGCCCGGCUAACAAAUACGUUACAUCGUAAGCCAGCGUCUACUGCCGAUUCAGAUGUUCUAUCCUCUAACUUUUGGCGAAAUGCCAAGGAAAAAGAUUUCGACAGAGUAUUCCUUCCUCAUGGACUAAGCUUCGACGAUCUCAGCCCCGCUCAACAAAAAAAAGUGUGGUAUCUGAUGUUCAAGAAAGCGAUCAAAGCUAGGCAAAAUCCAGGAAUGGUUCGACCAGCAAUAACGUUCAAAGAAUCAUCGCCAACAAACACAGAUUACGCCGGAAACGAAAUUUCCCGAUCAUAAAAUGUGCGAUUUGUUGAUAUUGCUCGGAUAAUACUUCUUGGCUCAGGAGUUCAGCUUCUUUGAUGGCUUUUAUAUGAAGAACGAGCGCAAUGUCGUAACCUGGACCAGUUGACUGGAAAUAAAUUAAGUAAAAUUGA